AUGGUGAGUAGUGGCGAGGGACGGAAUGAUGAAGGUGAGGACGACAUACCCCGACUAUCCGCUCACACUCUAGCCGCUCUUUCAGAGUUCUAUGCCGAACAAGAAAACCACCAAGGAGGGACUGUCGACGAAAAUUGGCAGUUGAGUCAAUUCUGGUAUUCAAAAGAAACAGCACAAAAAUUGGCUGAGGAGUGUAUAUCGGCCGUGAGCGAAGGUGGAUGUAUAGCGUGCAUUUCGUGUCCAACUCUCAUGGAAUAUCUUAUUAUCAAUGAAAAGAUCGUUUCGGGACGUAUUUCGGUGAAACUCUUCGAAUUUGAUGAUCGUUUUGCAUCAAAAUAUGCGAAAAACUUCAUAAAGUAUGAUUAUCGCCAGCCGCUCGAAAUACCACCCGAACAUAAAGGUGGAUAUGACUUGAUAAUUGCUGACCCACCGUUCCUGGCUGACGAAUGCCUGGUAAAGGUAGCACAAACCGUUCGCUUACUGUCAAAAGGUCAAGCNUCAAAAGGUCAAGCAAAUACGAAAACAAUCAUUUGUACGGGUGCAAUCAUGCAAGAAAUGGUCGAAAGGAUCUUCUCAGCGCAUCAGUGUACGUUCAAACCUACACAUCAGAACAAUCUUGCGAAUGAAUUUGCAUGUUUUGCGAAUUAUAAUACUCAGAUAUUGUGA